UUCCCUCCCCGGGUCGCCGCGGCUCCGGGAGGAGCGGGGGGGCCCCCCGCUUCCUUCCCUUCCCCCCUCCUUCUCCCACCCGCCACGCCGAGGAGAGGCAGAUUCAACCAUGGGGUGCAUUAAAAGCAAAGAAGGUAAAGGCCCAGCCAUGAAAUACAGAACUGAAAAUGCUCCAGAACCUGUUAUUUCCCAUGUCAGUCAUUAUGGAUCAGAUUCCAGCCAAGCAACACAGUCACCGUCAAUAAAGGGAUCAGCAGUUAAUUUUAAUAGUCAUUCCAUGACUCCUUUUGGAGGACCUUCAGGAAUGACACCCUUUGGAGGAGCAUCAUCUUCGUUUUCAGCUGUGCCAAGUACAUAUCCUAGUACUUUAACAGGUGGUGUUACUGUAUUUGUGGCCUUAUAUGAUUAUGAAGCUAGAACUACAGAUGACCUUUCAUUUAAGAAAGGUGAACGGUUCCAGAUAAUAAAUAACACGGAAGGAGACUGGUGGGAAGCAAGAUCCAUUGCUACAGGAAAGACAGGCUACAUCCCAAGCAAUUACGUAGCUCCUGCAGACUCCAUUCAAGCAGAAGAGUGGUAUUUUGGUAAGAUGGGCAGGAAAGAUGCAGAAAGGCUACUUUUAAAUCCUGGGAACCAGCGUGGUAUUUUCUUAGUAAGAGAGAGUGAAACCACUAAAGGUGCUUAUUCCCUUUCUAUACGUGACUGGGAUGAGGUCAGAGGUGAUAAUGUAAAACACUACAAAAUCAGGAAACUUGACAAUGGUGGAUACUAUAUCACAACCAGAGCACAAUUUGAAUCUCUGCAGAAGUUGGUGAAACACUACAGAGAACAUGCCGAUGGGCUGUGUCAUAAGCUAACAACUGUGUGUCCCACUGUGAAACCACAAACACAGGGACUAGCAAAAGAUGCCUGGGAAAUUCCUAGAGAAUCCUUAAGGCUGGAAGUUAAGUUGGGCCAAGGAUGUUUUGGUGAAGUAUGGAUGGGAACAUGGAAUGGAACGACAAAAGUAGCAAUCAAGACACUAAAACCUGGUACAAUGAUGCCAGAAGCUUUCCUGCAGGAGGCUCAGAUCAUGAAGAAACUACGACAUGACAAGCUUGUUCCGCUAUACGCAGUCGUUUCUGAGGAGCCUAUCUACAUCGUCACUGAAUUCAUGACAAAAGGCAGCUUGCUAGACUUCCUUAAAGAAGGGGAAGGAAAAUACUUAAAACUCCCACAGCUGGUCGACAUGGCUGCUCAGAUUGCGGACGGCAUGGCUUACAUUGAAAGAAUGAACUACAUCCACAGGGAUCUCCGGGCAGCUAACAUUCUUGUAGGAGACAAUCUUGUGUGUAAAAUAGCAGAUUUUGGUUUAGCAAGGUUAAUAGAGGACAAUGAGUACACUGCGAGACAAGGAGCUAAAUUUCCAAUUAAAUGGACCGCUCCAGAAGCAGCGUUGUAUGGUCGGUUUACAAUCAAGUCGGAUGUGUGGUCAUUUGGAAUUUUACUGACAGAGCUGGUAACUAAGGGGAGAGUGCCAUAUCCAGGAAUGGUGAAUCGAGAAGUUCUGGAACAAGUGGAACGUGGGUAUAGGAUGCCUUGUCCGCAAGGCUGCCCAGAGUCUCUCCAUGAGUUAAUGAAACUGUGCUGGAAGAAGGACCCUGAUGAGAGACCAACAUUUGAGUAUAUUCAGUCUUUCUUGGAGGACUACUUUACUGCUACAGAACCACAGUACCAGCCUGGAGACAAUUUAUAAGCCAACAGUCUAUAUAACAUGCACAAAUCUGCCAAAUGUAAAAGACUUGCAAAGAAUUCCUGAAGUCUCUAAGAAAUCACAGGAAAGAAAAUCUUUGCUACUUUGCAUGCUCUUAAUGGCAAACUGGAAUUUCAUAAUGCAGUUGCACAAAACCACUUUUAAAGUGUUAUACUACGAUUUACCAAUGACAUGUUUUUAUUUUUUCCUCUUUCCCAACUUCUUUUCAGGGUCCAAAGGAAGCUUACUGAAAAUACGGGGCAGAAAAAAUGAGCGUUGGUGUGAACAAUAGCAGAAAAAACAAUGUUUCAAAUCCUUUAUUCUCCCAGUGUUUGCUAAUCAUUCUACUACUAAUGAGGGAAUUGUCUGGAAUCAGUGUCCUUGGGGUGAGGCCUUUUUAAAGCAGAAGAACGUUGUGGGACCAAGCAAUUCUAUUCCGGUUCAGUUAAACUCCCUGUGUUUAAAACUACGUGUGUGUGCCCCCACCCCUGCAAAACAAAAGAUGGUACAACUGUAUUUGAUUUAUAGUCUCAAUCUUUAAGCUUCCACUUUCAUGGACUUAAUUAGGGUAGGCAGGUAAAAAGAGAAAUUGGAACAGUGAAUGAGAAACUUGAUCUAAAUGGUAGACCUCAAUAGUGAGAUUAGAGAGCAUAAUGCACUGUGUUAAUACUUGUAUUAAUAUAACUGGAAAGUAGCAUGAGAGAUUAUUCCUUUUUUUUCUUUCUGCAUAGCUAAUUAAGAAUAAUGAAGGUAACUAGAAAAUGAGGUAAUAUUUUAUAAAAUUGUGUUGAUAAAGUAUGAUGAUAUUUGAACUUGAAGCUAUGUAAUACAAUCAUGGGGGGAAAGCCUUUAAUCUUUUAAGCUCCAAUGAAACAGCAAGCUUUUGUAUGGGAAGACUACCUGAACAAAGUUCACCAGGAAAGCAAGACUGAAGCUGGUAAAUGGCCAUCUCUUAGUCCUUUUUCAGAGACAGGUUUGGUACUGUUGUAUGUGGCUUGUAAGUGUUAACAAGGGUGGUGCCACAAGUGCUAUCUGUCACUAGUUCAGGGAUUUGAUUGCACUUUUGCUUUUCUUGACUAUUAAGACACACACACAGUUGCUCUUCCCACUUCUGCCCUUCCUACAGAAUUAUUUAACUAAAAAUAAAUGAAAGAAAAUGUGAAAGUUUAAAAAGUAAAGGGAUACAAUAUAUUUAAUAUUGUCCAAGUAAUAAAAUUUGCUGGCAUUCAGCCCAGCUGACACUACAUCUAGAUUUAUCUUCUUUGGCUACUGACAUAUCAAGCAAUAAUGUCAUGUCUUUUACUCAACAAUUAGCAUGAGGUUCUUGAAUUUCUGAUCAAGCUUAUGUACUUUAAUUUUGAAACACUCUUAGUUACCAGCUUGGAAUUCAUUUCAUCAUUGUAAAACUAUCCAACAAAUGAAUUCAGAAAAGCUGGUAAUAUAGUUCUGGUACUAAACUUAACAUUCAUGGGUUUACACUACAUUGAAUCCAACUACCAAAUAGGUCUGUGUAGAAACAGUGCCAUCAUUUUUCAUUUUCCCUCAUCAUUGCUCAUCAAUUAUACAUCUAUGGUUAUCAAAUUUUAAAAGGGCUUUCUGUAAGAAAAACAAAAACAAAACAAAAAAAUACAGACACACAAUAGUCAAAAAACCCAAAAAUAUGAAGAAAUUUUAAUUUUUCUAAAUAUUUUAAAAUUAAUAACACAAUCAUAUGAGUUUAUGUAUUAAUACAGUCAUAACAAAAAAUGCCAAAAAUGACACUGGCAUUGUAUGGAUUUUUAAUUACUGAAUGGAACAGUUCAUUGUAAUAACACUUGUAUAGUAAAGGAAUAAAACACUAACUUAAUGAACGUGUUCAUUGUAAAUGGUUGUGUAUUAUAAAACUUCUCCAAAAGAGUUUGUAUGUUUAUGAAAAUUUAUUUGUUUCACCUGAAGACCUUGAUGUGGUUCUUAUCUUAACAGAGUUUAAAAUUCACAUUCACACUUUUUAUAUAAAUAGUAAUAAGUUUAAUUAUGUAACUAAGUAUUUUUAUAAAGUAUGGCAUUGUUGAACUGUUUUGCAGAAUUGGUUCAAAAUAAAUUUCACCU